UGCCCAGAGGCAGCACAUAUCCAACGGCAGCUCCAUCACCCAGUUCCUCCUCCUGCCAUUCGCACACAUGCGGGAGCUGCAGCUCUGCCACUUCUGGCUCUUCCUGGGCAUCUCCCUGGCUGCGCUCCUGGGCAACGGCCUCAUCAUCACCAGCACAGCCUGCGACCAGCGCCUCCACACCCCCAUCACCGGCGCAUUUGCCUACCUGAAAUCCCCCUCCAUCUCCUCCCCAUCCCUGGAUCUGGUGGUGUCAGUGCUGUACUCGGUGGUGCCUCCAGCAGUGAACCCCCUCAUCUACAGCCUGAGGAACCAGGAGCUGAAGGAUGCUGUGAGGAAGCUGGUGACCAGAUGUGUUUCAGCAGAUAUACGCUGCUUGCUUUACCCUGCAAAGGGCUUCCAGUGUAGGUCAUGACAGGCCAUGUCUGUCUUUCCUGCUUUACAUUUGUUUUCCUGUUUCGAUUUGUGGUGAUGUCUUCAUAGAAAUGUCAGUUUUCAUCUCCUCCUCCUUAAGUAGCCACUCGUGUUGUCUGGCACACAGGCUUUGCGUCAAUGGAGGUGUCUCACUUUAUUUAAGGGAAAUAAAUGAUCCUGCAGCAA